CCGCCCCUUUUGUCUUUUGAAAUAGAACUCGGACCAUCUGUAUUUUCUCUCUCUAAAAUCGAGCAGAAAAUACAGAUCUGAAAUGCUCGCUGAAUCGAUUGAAUCAGACGGCUCACUGACUUUAUCUCUCAUUCGAUCGCGUAGUUCUGAGCUCAAUUCGGUGAGCUAGUUAACGGUCUAAAUAUACUAAAGUUUUACUUGACAUCAAAUUUUCAGAUUAUGUCUUUAACAAAGAUUGUGGUCCAGUUUUGUGAUAAGGUGGCUCCUCCUGGCACUUCUUAGGGAAAUUGAUAAUGAUUAGGGGAAGAGAUUCUAGAGAGAAUUGUCGACGAGUAGGAAUUGGGGUAUGCAAAUUUGCCUGUUUGUUAAGCAAUGAUGGAAAGUGAUAGGACCAACAGUACUCCUUCAGAUGGGGGCACCGAUGGUCUUCAGAGAAUGCGGUCUUUGCAUGGGAGGACAAGUGGCCCUACCAGGCGUUCAACAAAGGGUCAAUGGACAGCAGAAGAGGAUGAUAUUUUGUGCAAGGCUGUUCAACGCUUUAAAGGAAAAAACUGGAAAAAAAUAGCGGAAUGUUUCAAGGACCGAACAGACGUACAAUGUUUACAUAGGUGGCAGAAAGUUUUGAAUCCGGAACUUGUCAAAGGUCCUUGGUCUAAAGGGGAGGAUGAAAUUAUAGUUGAAUUGGUGGAUAAGUAUGGGCCAAAAAAAUGGUCUACCAUUGCACAACAUUUACCUGGACGUAUUGGAAAGCAAUGUCGGGAAAGGUGGCAUAAUCACCUUAAUCCAAAUAUCAGCAAGGAGGCCUGGACGCAAGAAGAGGAAUUGACUUUGAUUAGUGCCCAUCAAAUUUAUGGGAACAAGUGGGCAGAGUUGACAAAAUUUUUGCCUGGGAGGACGGACAAUUCCAUUAAAAAUCAUUGGAACAGUUCUGUAAAAAAGAAACUAGACUCAUACUUGGCUUCAGGCUUACUUGCACAGUUCCAAGGCCUGCCUCAUGUCAGCUACCCAAACCAAUCAAUACCUUCAUCUUCUUCAACAAUGCCACUGAGCAGUGGUGAUGAUAGCGUUCCCAAAGAUGGGACGGAAGCAGAGGAGAUUUCAGAAUGUAGUCAAGGAUCAACUGUUGUUGGUUGUUCUCAAUCAACUAGUGAUAUGCCCAAUGCCGUGGCACAUACAAGAGAAGAAUGCCGACUGACUGAAGAAUCUGGUCAUGGCAAGGAGGAUCCAAGCUUCAGUCCAGCUUCAUGUUCUGAAAAUUAUCACACAGCUUUUCAAGAAGUUGCUUUUUGCAUGCCAGAAGUACCUUGUGACUUUGGGGGCUCUUCCAACUACCUUGAACAAAAUUACACACCUGGCUGGGGAAGUUAUGCAGGUAAAGAUUGGCAGCUUAACUCAAAUGAAUCCUCAGAAUUUUUGAUGCAUUGUAUAGGUGGCAAUGAAAACCCUGAAGUGGUUCCUUUCCAAUUGCAAACUUCUGUGGGUUUAAAUGUUUCUCCUUCUGUGGGAAAUUUGGUUUUGGGAUCUGGCGAUCCGGAGCACAUGCUGAUACAUGAAGAUGGAUGUUGCAGGGUGAUAUACCCAGAGGCAGAGAUGGAUGGAUACUUUUCUUCUACAAAAUGCUCAGAUAUUAUGGAUUUUAAUGAAUCUGCAGACUCAUUGCUUUACCAACCGUCAAAUUAUCAGCUCCCUGAUCCCCCAAAGUCGGACAUGUUAGGAACUUUAUGCUCUCAACCUUUUGAUGUUCAGUCACAACUUCCUCCUGAUGAUAGUGCACUUUUCUUUGGUAGUGAUCCCAAUCAGUUUAAUGAUCUCUCUCAUGGAAACGAAGAAGAGGAGCUUGCAAAGAGUCCAAAUGAUGAUUUUAUCUAUGCCAAUGACUCUAAUAAUUCUCCCGGCAAUAAUGGCAAAGAUAAUAUGGGUCAACAAGAUGAACCAGACCAGGCAAGGAAUUCCUUAAAACUAGUUCCUGUAGAUGCUUUUAGUUCAGGACCAUCAAACAAUAUCCAAAGUCAUUCUUCACUGGAGGAAAAUCCAAUUGUGCCAACUGAACAGCAGGAAACAGGAGCUUUAUUUUAUGAACCUCCUCGUUUUCCAAGCUUGGAUAUUCCUUUUUUCAGUUGUGAUCUCAUACAAUCUGGAACUGAUAUGCAACAAGAAUAUAGUCCUCUUGGUAUCCGGCAACUGAUGAUGUCAUCUAUGAACUGUUUUACUCCAUUUAGGUUAUGGGAUUCACCAUUGCGGGAUGAUAGUCCAGAUGCUGUGCUGAAAAGUGCUGCCAAAACAUUCACAGGCACACCAUCGAUAUUGAAGAAACGAAACCGUGAUUUGGCAUCACCUAUGUCAGAAAAGAGAAGUGAGAAAAAGCUCGAAAGCGGCAUGAAUCAGGAGUCAUUUUCCAGCUUGGCUAGAGAUUUUUCUCGACUAGAUGUUAUGCUUGAUGGCAAUGGCAACCCAAAAGCGCCUCUGUUGUCUCCAGCACCAAACCAGAAAGGAGAAUCUGGGAACUCCACUUCUAAUAAAGAAAAUUCGAGUCAUGCUCUAGAAGCAGGAAAAGAAGAGGGCAGAGAUGCUAAAACUAAGGGUGAUUUGGAUGCUGCAACCAAAAAUGUGCAACAAGCAUCAGCAGUCCUAGUUGAACAUAACAUGAAUGAUCUGCUAUUUUUUUCUCCGGAUCGUUAUGAAGACAGAGCCCUUGGGACAAGUAUUAGAACUCUUGGAAUUCAGUGUUCUAGAAGGUUAGAAACUACAUCAAAUCAAGUUGCUCUCUCAGAAUCUUCAUCAGGGAAUCCGUGUUCAUCUAUUGUUAGCUCUCCUACUGUCUCCGGAAGGAAGGAUAAAAGUCGGUUGGUUGCAGCUGUGUCCGCACAAUCUGUUCCUGCAUCAAAUCCUCUGGAGAUUAUGGCUGGAAGCUCUGGGAAUGAUGCCGGUGUUGAAAAUUUGUGCGUAUUUGGUGAAACUCCUUUCAAAAGAAGUAUCGAAUCCCCAUCAGCAUGGAAGUCUCCUUGGUUCAUUAACUCUUUUCUGCCAGGCCCAAGAAUUGAUACAGAUAUAACAAUUGAGGAUAUUGGUUACUUUAUGAGCCCCGGGGAUAGAAGUUACGAUGCCAUUGGGCUAAUGAAACAGUUAAGCGAGCAUACUGCAGCUGCAUUUGCUGAUGCCCAAGAGGUUUUGGGAGAUGAAACGCCUGAAACAAUAUUAAAGCAAAGACGCUCCAACAACCAGAAAUUGGAUCUGGAGAAUUGUGCCCUGAACAGUCAGCCAGAUAACCAUUCCCUUUUGGCUUCAAAUGUCCCGACGGAACGGCGUGUGCUAGAUUUCAGUGAAUGUGGGACACCUGGGAAAGGAAAAGAAAGUGGAAAAUUUUCAACUGUGACAAUUCUCUCAAGUCCCUCUUCCUAUCUGUUGAAGGGUUGCAGGUAGCUGGGAAAGGAAAACUGAAUGUGGGCCACCAGGGAAAGUAAAAGAAGGAAAGUCCUUGUGGCUAUAUAGCCUUAUGCUGCUGUUACAUUUCGAAGUUUAUAUAUAUAUAUAUAUACAUGUGUGUAUUUUUCUUUUUCUUUUUUCCUGUAUUAUUCUUCCUUCCCCAAUUGGAUUUUUAAUUUAUUAAAAUUGAUAAAAGAUUGGUUUAGUGCAUUCUGAA